AUGGACUGGUCUCGGCUCUCACAGAUCCACAAUACCCUUUCAAAAUUCAAUAAGUUGACUCUUCUUGCAGUCCUAAUCUACUAUGAACUUCAUGAUUUACUCGAUGAGGCAUCCGAGCGCAAGGAGAGAUUCCAAGAUCUUGACGAAAAUAUAUCAUUGGCUGUGAAGGAAGGUAUGAAGAAGUAUAAAAAGUACUAUACCUUUAUGGAUGCUUCUGAUACAUACUAUACUGCCCUUAUCUUGGAUCCUCGCGUCAAAGGUGAUCUCCUUCUCGACGAACUGGAAGACAAAGCUACUGGAAGGGAGAUCCUUCAAGCUCUCCGUGGUAACCUCCACUGUGAUUAUUCAGUAACUAUGGAAUCAAGCUCAACUACAGGACAAUCCCUAUUAGAGUACAACACUGAGCAUAAUGAUGUGGAGUCCCGGUUACUAAAGAGGUUACAGCUACGCAAUCAACCUCUACUUUCUAAUAUUGAUCGCUAUCUUAACAGCCCUCGGGUCAAUAUAAAUGACAUAUGGGAUGCGAAUUGGUUAUGUAAUUGGUGGCGGAUUAACAAGGGUAAAUAUCCUAGAAUGGCUGCUGCUGCUAGAGAUUAUCUAGUGAUUCCAGCCUCUGAGGUUCCAGUAGAAAGACUAUUCAAUGCAGGAAGAGAUAUACUGGGAAUUUGA